AUGGCUCAGCAGAUAACCAAUGAGUUCGCUGAUUCUACUUCCCUUCCUUUUCUUCAGAAGGACUUGAAUCAAGGCAUCACGCCAGCGUGCAAUGCUGAUGCUUGCCUUGACAUCUUUCAACAAGCGCAAAAGCCCGAGUUCUUCCGAUCUGUGGCAAAGGCUAUGCAAUUGCGACAGGCUUAUCUACGCGAUGGCUGUAUCUUCAUUGAAGGAGAACGUCUGAUUCCCAUCUUAAAGGGGAUUGGAGCCAGAGAAGAAGAUUUUGAAAAGCUCAAGAUGGUCAGCCAUCAUCUCGACCCAGACCCAACGGUGAACUAUCGAACCUUGAGAAGCGGAAGGUUCUCGGUGGAUACCAGGGCUGGAACCAUCGAACGCCUCCAACGACAGCCCUUUAUCCUGACAACGGUCGAGAACUACAAACGACACGACUCCGAUGUCCCUCGUGAUUUUGGUGACUUUGACGAGAAUCACCAGAACAACACCGUCAUUCAGGCUCUAAUCGUUUUCAAAACCUGGAUUACUCAAGAUGUCCCCGUACUGGCUCGUCCUGGUCUGGACUACGAUAAGGACACGGUACUUACCGAGGUCUUCAACGUGCACACAUUCACCGAUAAAGAAAUUCAGGGAUACCCGGCUUUGGAAGGCGUGCACCAAGAUGGAUCCGACAAUACCAUGACUGUGAUGCUUGGAUCUUCCAACAUUACUCCUGACUCCGGAAUUACUUUCGUUCAUGGUCGGGACGAGACAACGGGCGUCCAACACUCCGAAACCAAGACGGAGCUGGUCAAGGGCCGAUAUCAGCACCGUGACUUUUUAGACACAUUGCUCUUUACGGACAACAGUUUCAAGCAUAGUGUGACCCCGGUAUAUGCGAUGGACAAGGACCAGCCGUCGUACAGAGACAUGUUCGUCAUUUUUUCUCGCAAACCGAGAAGUGAUUUGCAUUUAUCCGGAUUUCCAGACUCCUUGGAGCCACACGAGAAAUUCAAACUGAAGUUUCCGAUCUGGCUUCCUCCUCUCCCAAAGCCUCGUACAUAUGAUCAACCACAACUCAAGAAGCCAAGUUCUCCUUUCCAGAAGUACAAUUUUUCUUUGCUCAUAUCUGCCAAUGGCGAGAUUAUGCCUUGUCUGGAUGGAAAUGCUGGAACAAACAUUCUUGUCAACUCUUGA